AUGGUCGGUCACAUUGGUCACAGAUUUGAUCCUCGAAUCCCGACUUCCGCAUGCGUCAAUAUGUAUCUCUCUGACGCUAAAAAGGAGAACGCGAUUGAGUCGUCCAUUGUCAUAUUCUUCAGCGACAUCAUUCUUACACGGGCUGGCCGACAAUGUCAAUUGAAGACACUUUCUAAACGCCAUCACCUCUGCAAGCGCUUCGAUACCGAUGCGGCGCGCUUCGAAGAAUACAAAAUGUGGUGCUCGAUCAGCGUUUUCGCUCCUCACUCCGCAUGCUGUGACCCCAGGGCGUCCUGUGUUCGAUUUCGCGCUAUGUUUCGAAUGUAUGGAGUCGAGUCACCUUAUAAGUAG